AUGGCAUCCAAGAUGGUGAUUCAGCAGCCCAAGCCUCUGGUAGUGGCUGCAGCAUCAGAUCAGUGGAGCACCAGCAUCUGUGAAUGCGACAGUGUCAAUGAAUGUUGUUUCUCCGUGUGGUGUUUCCCUUGCUUCGCGUGCAUUACAGCCAGAGACCACGGAGAGUGUCUGUGCCUCCCUCUGCUGGACAGUUGCGGUUGUAUUCCUCCAAUCACGCUCUCCAUGAGGGUUUCCACACGACGACGAUAUGGCAUCAAAGAUUCAAUCUGCAAUGACUGUGUGUACACUUGCUGCUGUGGGCCAUGCUCGUGGUGCCAGAUUCGACGAGAGAUGAAGGCAAGACUCCAUCCUGUCACUCUGUUCAACAACAGGCCAAACUAAAGAUCACCAUCACCCUCCUCAUCUUCAUCAUUAUCACUUUCACCGCAAAUUCUCUCAGUGCUGCUUGUCCUUAUCAGGUCACAGUCCUGUCAGUCCAAAAAAAACAAAGACUUGCUCAUUCUGCGGGUGUAAUCACUGUUUUUGAUCUUCCUCCUACACACACUGACCUGAGAUCAGCCUCUCUGGCGUGGCCGUGGAAUGUGUUUUACAUAUUGUUGAUGUGCGGCUUUAGUUCAGGAUGUGAAGAAUUCUGAACAAUGGAUUUAUCCUGUGAAAUG